CUGUUUCCUCUCUGCAUAGGAUUUGGUUUCAUAACUUUUGAGAGUGAAGACAUCGUAGAGAAAGUCUGUGAAAUUCAUUUUCAUGAAAUCAAUAACAAAAUGGUAGAAUGUAAGAAGGCCCAGCCCAAGGAGGUGAUGUUCCCACCAGGUACGCGAGGGCGAGCCAGGGGUCUGCCCUACACCAUGGAUGCCUUCAUGCUGGGGAUGGGCAUGCUGAGUUACCCUAAUAUUGUGGCAACGUAUGGCCGCGGAUACACUGGAUUCGCACCCAGCUACAGCUACCAGUUCCCUGGUGAGUAA